AUGACGAGUUUGCAGUAUAUUAUGGAUGUGGACGAUGAAGAGAGCACCCCUCACAUAAAUAAAGACGAUGGCGGCUCCAUAAACCCCGGGCCAUCUCGUAGUCAAGAUCCUUCCCGUGCGGCAACGUCGAGCCAUGAAAAGUCUAAAGAUCAAGACGAUAGAUUAACUCCAGCCCCAACUAGACGCCGCGGUCCUUCAGGUCGCUCAUCCAAAUCCACCGCUGCCGCCUCGUCAUCGUCCUCAUCAACACCAGCAGCAGCAACAACAACAGUAUCUUCAUCAUCAUCUUCGGCCCGCCCGGCGCUUAUGAGUAGGCGGAGCACUACUAGUUCUGAAUCGAUGGAUCCGUACGGAAGUCACGCUCAAGGUUCAUCAUCUGGAGGAGGCAUGUCAUCGUCCGGUAUGCCUUCGAGGCCAAUAGGAAACUCUCCGGGUGAUGGAACCCUUCCAGUCAAGUUAACUCCUAUCACUGGCCGUGUUAGUAGGGCGAAGAAGGGGAUGCCGGUCCACGUAUGUGAAACGCGCCACCAACUGAGCCAUAAGACUCCUGGAUUCCCGUGUACUUUUGGUGGCUGUGACAAAUCAUUUCACAGGGCCGAUCUACUUGCGCGCCAUGCCCAGAGGCAUGAACAAGGCGAUGGAUCGUCGAGGGGAACAGGUGGAGGUGUUAGUCGGCCAACGUCUGCGGGCUCCUUAGGUGAAGGAGCAUCUGGAAUGAGUUAUUUGCCUCAUAAUCCUUCACCAAUGAGUGGAGGUGCAGGAUCUCGCUCCGGAAUGACUGGUCAGUCCGAGAUGUCCUCAGGGACAUCCUACCCGAGCAAUUUGCCUCCCUAUCAGCAAAUGGGUGGUUCGAGUAGCACCAGUGGGCAGACCCCAAUGUCUCCUUCACAACAUGGUGAGAGCUACCAGUCGGGCUCUAACCCCCCUACCCAAGGCCAGAGUUAUGUGCUGUCCAACCAGAUGCCUAUCAUGACCAACCCAACCUCAAGUAUUGGGGGCUCUCCAGUUACAGGUACAUCUUUUGGGCCUAUGGAUUACCAACCUCGUACAUCUUCUCCUUCUUAUUCCUAUUUGAUGGACACUUCCGGGGCCUAUUCCCAAAAUCUACCUAGCUUGACAAUACCUGACAGUAUUCCUCCAGGUCUUGUCCCUGCUGGCCACGACGGCUCCCCUUGGCCAUCAUCCGCUUCUGCUACGGAAAGCACCUACUCUACACCAUCAGACAUGGAGAUCAACCGCCGGGGUGGUCUCGCUGGCGGUUACGGAUCACCGGCAUCGGACUGGCACGGUGGCCUCUACUCUAGUGCCUCCCAUAAUAUACAAAGCCCUGACGUUGGACUGGACCCCCUUCCCACUUCCGCAUCCUUCUACGCGACGCAAUUCUCCCCCACGGCGGCGCCAAACCUUGACCAAGGCCUAGGCCUUCCUAUGUUCUCAGACGAGCAAUCUUUCGUCGAACACUCACAACAAUACCACCCCUAUUCUUCAGUUCGUAGUCCGACCCCACCGACUAUCUCACUGUCCGCUCAAUCGGCUGAAACUCUAGUCACCCUUACAGCCCCAACCAUUUCAGACGCAGCGUCGGCGGGGGGUCGCCAGAAAGGAUCGACGGUGCUCCUGGGACCACUCCAGGGUACCGCCUUUCUAACUGUUAACUCCCUGUCACCGCACGUCCGGAAUGCCAUCCCGAAGUAUCUCGAUCUGUACUGGAAGCGCUUUGACACGCUCGUCCCAUUGGUCCACCACAAGAGCAUUAAAACCGCCGCCGACGGGGUUCUGCGUUGUGCCAUGGCUGCCGUGGGCACACAGUUCCUCCAAGGUAAGGAUGAUCGCAUUAGAGGCAACGAGUUGCAUGAAUUUGCUUGGAAAGAGGUCAAGACUUGUACGCAGUGGAACCUCGAAAUCAUGCAAGCGAUCAUCCUUUGCGAGUUUUAUUCGCGAUUUCGUGGACGCAGCGCUCAAAGGAGCUCGUCGGAGCCCUUCCAGUCCCUUUACUCUCGGGUAAGCUUACAACCUCAUUUCUAUUCUUCUUCCCCUCACUCUUGUUGGCUCUCUCAUAUACUCUAUUUUCAGGAUCAUCUUUUUAGUUCUGUUUUAUCUUCUUCUACUCGCCAGUCGUAUCAAUACUCAACAUAUUCUUCCUUACAGAUGGCCGAUCACUACCAACAUAAGCCGGACGCUUUUACUUUUACUUCCUCGACGCGUAACGAAAGCUGGAAUGAAUGGAUCGAACACGAAUCACGACGUAGACUCCUUGCCGCUUGUUUUGUUUUGGAUAUUCAUACAUCCGUGUACUACCAACAACAUUUCUUAUUACCAUUUCCUAUGUCGAUACCCCCUGUUCCCUUAAUUAAACCAACCGAAGACCUCUGGGACGCCCAAACACCCGAAGCAUGGAAACUUGCCAUGGAACGGAUGGCGAAUAAUACGGAACCCCUUAGCCUAUCUGACGAGCUGCCUACCGCGGAACAGACGGCUAACGCACCACCCCUCGACAACGCCGUAAUCUUAACUGCAGAAGCCCUCCGACUGCCUAGGCGUUCUAGCCCUUCCAUAUUAGACCUCACAGCAGAGGUGGAUCUUACUUGCACAGAGCGAAUCAGCAAAUUAUUUCAAGGUUCUGGCGCUGGCAACACUUAUCUGGCCUUACAUUACACACCUCUUCAUGACCUGCUCGCGGUCAGCGGUGAGACCUGGCUCUUUUCAAAGAAGAUACAGUCACCUGAUGUCUUCGAGCAACAUAGGAGACGCCUCCAGAAAUGGUGUGGUAGCCUCCACGCUGGUGCCGCUGUCGGAUUCGCCGCCAAGGCCCUCAUAGCUUACCUUUCUAACCUCAACCACACUAAUGAUAAUAUACUAAAUACAGCUAUUUCACCUUCAGACCCCGAAGAAGAGGAUGGGGGCCAGGGCCGAGAUAGAAGCUGGAACAUGAUGGAUCUCUCAGAUUAUUGGGCGGUAUACGUGUGCGCACUUAUCUGCUGGGCGCAUGGACACCGCACGAUACGUGGCUCAUCUGGCUCUGGCCCUGGGUCUGAUCAUACCUCUUCUACACCUUCCCAUCAUCAUAACCGCCGCCACUCUAAUGUUAAUACCGGGGACAAAGGGGAACGGGAAGCGAUGAAUUGGCUCAAAAUGGUAUCCGACCUGAGCCCCGAAAAAGCGCUCAAAGCGCAAGGUCGGAAGGAGACCAUGACCAUCGUUAGCAUGAUAAGGAGGAGACUCGAGGACGAGGCAGUGGGCGGCAAAAGUCGACUACUCGUCGACGCCAUGUGGACGUUGAAGAAGCUCGAGGAACGUGCCAAUCAUAAAUGGUUUUAAUUGGGAUUUAGAGGCAGGGAGACCAAAAGAAAAAAAAAAAAAGAUAUCGGAAGACAGAAUUCAGGGAUAUGAUAUGGAUGGAUGAUGGUACAAUUUCCUAUUCUUCCCCCUUUUUUUUCCUUGUCAUUUUUUUCUUUCUCUUCUUAUUCCUGUAUUUCUAAUUUCCUGUUUUCUUCUUCUCCUCUUCUUGUAUUCCCUUUUCAAUUCUCACUUUCACUUUCUUCAGAAAAUUUUAUACGGUCUUGGCUUUUCUUCUUCUCGUUUUCAUUCUGAUCUCAUCAUCCAUUUCUCUGCUUGUGUCCUUUCUUUUUCUAUUCUCUAUACUCUCUCUUAGUCUGUGUUGCUUGUAUAACUAUUUUCUAGACUUCGCGGGUGGUGAGGAGUUCUAGAGAUACACCUGUACUAUUUACGACGCAUUUCAAAAGGCAAGACAAAACGGGGCGAUGGCGACGGCGGCAGGGGG